UAAUAGAUAUAUGUAUAUAUCAAGUAUUUAAAUAUAUUUCUUUAUUAUUGUGGGAAAUAAUCAAAGAACGAUUCUGUCAUUAAGAAAUAGUUGUCUCAAUUUUUUCAAAAAAUAUGUUGCGAAAAAUAUCAAUUUUUUUUGUUUUCAUCGCCGUUAUGAUAGGCCUGUUACAAUUGUACCUACCAAACAAGUACUCCCAUCUUUAUGGCAACGAUACAAGAGGAACAAGAUUAAUGAACCUGCUAAUGCUUGGUACGGGAACCAUAAAUUUUUUGAGAGAGAAUAGUCAAUAUUUAGCUCAGCAAGUACCAGACGUAACGCCACAAUCCGGAGACACAUACGACUUUAUAGUGAUCGGCGCUGGUACGGCAGGUGCGACUAUAGCUGCGAGAUUAAGCGAAAUUGCUCAAGUCAAAGUACUGCUAAUUGAGGCUGGAACCUACGAUAAUCUUUUCAUGGGCAUUCCGCUGACCACUGGUCUCCUGCAGCUGAGCAACAUCAAUUGGAACUACCAAACCAAGCCAUCCGACAAAUACUGUCGGGGCAUGAAAGACAACAGCUGCGCAUGGCCAACAGGAAGAGUGAUUGGCGGUAGCAGUGUACUAAACUUCAUGAUUGCUAGCAGAGGAGCAGCUGAAGAUUACGAUCGCUGGGCUAGAAUGGGAAAUGAGGGCUGGGCCUAUAAGGACGUACUCAAGUAUUUUAAAAAACUGGAAACAAUAGAUGUGCCAAAAUUGAAGGAUAGUAUCUAUCGCGGUACCGAGGGACCAGUACAUAUUAGCCAAGCAGAAUUUCAUACACCAUUGGCAGAGGCUUUUGUGAAAGCUGUCAAAGAGCUGGGAUAUUCUCUGGUAGAUUAUAAUGGAAAAAGUAUGAUGGGAUUCUCAUAUAUACAGAGCACAAUCAUGAAUGGCAUGCGUAUUAACAGCAACAAGGCGUAUUUACAUCCCGCGCGCGAUCGCAAGAAUCUUCACGUGACUCUUACAAGUACAGUGAAAAAAUUGUUAAUCGAUCCUAACACGAAUCGAGCAAUCGGUGUAGAGUUCGUUAAGGGCGAUCAAACUAUACGCGCAUUCGCAAGCAAAGAAGUGAUUAUGUGUGCGGGUACCAUCGGAACAUCCCAAUUGUUGAUGUUAUCCGGCAUCGGACCAGCAAAACAACUUAACAAACUCGGCAUACAGGUCGUCCGAGAUGCGCCAGUUGGCGAGAAUCUCAUGGAUCAUAUUACUUAUUAUGGUCUGACAUGGAUGAUAAAUGCAUCGAUAAGUAUAGAAUUAUUGAAUCAGAUAAAUCCUUUUAAUCCAUAUCUAACGGAUUUUUUAAUAAAACGAUCAGGACCGUUAACGGUUCCAAGCGCGUGCGAGGUUAUCGGCUUCAUCAACACUGAAGACCCUGAGAAACGUGAUAGUCCACCGGACGUCGAAUUAUUAUUUGCUAGUGCUUCAUUUAAAGGAGACUAUAUUUUCUCCAGAAUAUUACAACUAAACAAGUCAUUACGUCAAAAAUGGGAUGAACAGAUCGGUAGUCAUGGUUGGUCUUUAGGAAUAAUACUGUUGAAACCAAAAAGUCGUGGUCGAAUAACUCUCCUCGCUAAUGACAUUAAUGUUAAACCAGAGAUCGUACCGAAUUACUUAGACCAUCCAGAUGACGUAAAAACAAUGAUCGCCGGGAUUAGAGCUGCAUUAAAUAUUAGUCAGACAAAAUCGAUGCGAGCGUUAGAUUCCCAAUUGUUUAACAUUACUUAUACCGAAUGCAAUAACUACAAGUAUGAUUCUAAUGAUUAUUGGACAUGCGCGCUAAAGCUGCUAGCUUCUACACUCUUUCACUUCUCUGGCACUUGCAAAAUGGGACCUAAAGGAGACCCAACUGCUGUCGUUGAUCCUAGAUUAAAGGUGUUUGGUGUUCAAGGUUUACGAGUGGCAGAUGCAUCCAUUAUGCCCGAAAUUAUAUCAGGACACAUAAGCUUACCUAUUUAUAUGAUUGCCGAGAAAGCAGCAGAUUUAAUCAAGGAAGACUGGGGUUACUUGGAGAAGUCUUGAUAGUUAUAAACUUUUCUAAAAUAAUUAUAUUAUCUUGCUAUUUUUUUUUUUUUUUAGAAAAAGUGAGAGAAAAAGAAAGAAGGCACUUUGCAAU